CAAGCACCGCCGGAAGGGCCCCCCCCCGCGAGCCGCUCCGCGGCUCCGCGGCGCCGCCAUGGCGCCCAUCGACGAGUCGCUGGACCGGCCGCUGGACGAGUUUAUCGAGGAGUCGUCGCUCGGGUUUCGCCCGGUGCGGUCAGGCCGCGCGCAGCAGAGGCGCCCGGCGCCCUACGCCGGGGGCGUGGCGCCGCCGCCGGCGCGCGGCGCCGGCGCGAGGGGCGGCCUCGCGGGCAGAGGCGGCUCUGCGGGCCAGGGCAGCUCUGCGGGCCGCGGCGGCAAGCACGCGCGGCUGGUGGCGGAGAUCAAGGACUGGCAGAGGGCCUCCCUGAAGGCCACAGGCGCCUGGCAGGACCACUGCGACCGGCACGGGGACGGCAGCUACGACCCCGCGCUGUACGACCAGGAGUUUUUGGAGGCCGCGCUGGCCGCGCUGCGCGGCGGCCGUGCAGGGCCGGCAGCCGCCAGGAAGGGCGCCUCCAAGGGCGAAGGGCCCCUCACCGACAAGGUCAAGGAGUGGCAGCGCGCCUCCAUAGCUAACACGCAGGCGUGGCGGAGUUAUUGCAUAGAAGUCGGAGACGGCACCUACGACCCAGCCCAGUACGACGCCGCGUUUCUGAAGGUGGCCAUGGCCGACCUCGGCAUGGAGGCCCCAGGCCACGGCGGCAAGGGCGUGGGGAGGAAGGGCGCGCCAGCCGAGUGGGGCCCCGAUGCCCCGAGUUACGGUGGCGCCCGCGGCAGCCGCGCCGCCGGGGGCGGCAAGGGCGGCAAGGACGGCGGCCAGCUGACGGAGGAGGUGAAGACCUGGCAGCGCGCCAGCCUCGAGAACACCAGGGUGUGGAGGCAGCACUGCGAGGAGCGUGGCGACGGCAGCUACGACCCCAGCGCGUACAGCGGGGCCUUCCUGCGAGCCUUCCUGGCGGAGGUGGCAGAGGGCGGCGGCGGGGCGCCGCGGCGGCAGCAGGCGAGGGCGCCGCGCGGGCCCGGGCCGCGCUGGCAGGGCGCCAGCGGGGGCAGAGGCCCGCUCACGGACCAGGUCAAGGAGCUCCAGAGAGUCGACAGAGGCUUCUCCGAGGCCUGGCGCCGGUACUGCGACGAGUGCGGCGACGGCGUCUACGAUCCGAGCAAGCACGACGGCGCCUUCCUGAAGGCGGCGCUCAGGAGCCUCGGCGGCGACUGACUGUGGGCGCGGGCCCGCGCGCGGCAGCGGGGCCCGCGCGGCCGAGGCGGCGGCGUUACACCCUGGA